AUGAAAAUUAUCGACAAAAUGGAUCUGAAAGAGAAGAACUUUAAGAAAAUUGGACUGAUUUAUCUACUGGUUCUAUUUUGUGGAAUGGUGUUCAGCUACGGAAUAUUUCCAACCAUUUUGCGCUUCAUGAUCAAACAGAACGUCUUGCUGAAACCGGGCACACAGAUACGCGACAUGUUUGAAAAGAUUCCAUUCCCGCUCGAUUUUAAGCUACACAUCUUCAACGUGACGAAUCCGGACGAUAUAAUGCGCGGCGGGAAACCGCGUGUCAAGGAUAUUGGGCCGCUUUACUUUGAGGAGUGGAAGGAAAAGUACGACACCGUAGAUAACGUUGAGGAGGACACACUUACAUUCACGCUACGCAACACAUGGAUUUUCCGGCCCGAUCUAUCCGCACUAACCGGGGAGGAAAUCGUCACCGUACCACAUCCGUUGAUUAUGAGCGUCCUGCUAUCGGUGCAGCGUGACCGUGAAGCAAUGAUGCCGCUGGUAAAGAAAGGCAUCAAUAUCUUGUUCCAUCCAUUGGAGUCCGCUUUCCUGAAGGUGCGCAUCAUGGAUCUGCUGUUCGACGGCAUAUUUAUCGAUUGCAGCAGCCAAGACUUUGCUGCCAAAGCGCUGUGCUCCGGAAUGGACUCCGAGGGUGCCGUCAGCCCGUACAACGAAACGCACUACAAGUUCUCGUUCUUUGGAAUGCGUAAUCAUACCGAGGCUGGCCGCUGGGUUGUGUACCGGGGUGUGAAGAAUAUACGCGACCUUGGACGAGUGAUUUCGUACAACGACGAAACGGAGAUGGAUAUCUGGGAUGGUGACGAGUGUAACCAGUACAUUGGUACUGAUUCGACAAUAUUCCCACCAUUUCUAACCAUGCAGGAUCGGUUGUGGGCUUGGUCGCCGGAAAUUUGUCGCUCCAUUGGUGCACACUAUGUGCAUAAAUCGAAGUACGCCGGGUUACCGAUGAGUUACUUCGAGCUGGACUUUGGCGAUCUGAAGAACGAGCCUCACAACCAUUGCUUUUGUCGGGAUCCGCCUGAUGAUUGUCCACCGAAGGGCACGAUGGAUCUGUCUCCGUGUCUGGGUGGGCCUAUUAUCGGCUCCAAGCCUCACUUUUACGAUGCCGAUCCGAAGCUCAUCGAAGCGGUGGAUGGACUGGAACCAAACAAGGAAGCCCACGAUGUGUACAUUCACUUCGAGCUGUUUACCGGAAGUCCUGUCUCGGCCGCAAAACGUUUACAGUUUAGCAUGGAGCUGGGCCCUAUUAACGACCACGAGGUAUUUGGCCAGCUGCCGAACGUGAUUUUACCAAUGUUUUGGGCGGAGGAAGGAGCAUCCCUCAACAAAACAUGGACCAAUCAGCUUAAGUAUCAACUGUUCCUUGGUCUCAAAUUUAAUGCAACCGUUAAAUGGUUGACCAUCAUCAUCGGUACGAUUGGUGCUGUCGGUUCGGCUUAUAUGCAUUUUCGCAAGGAUAUCGAAACCACGGACGUGGCACCGGUUGAUGUAUCUACGCCCGAUACGAAUACGCCGUCUGGUAAGGAGGUCGUUGUGGAUGUAUCGCUUGGGAAAAACCUGCCACCCGUCAUCGAUGGUUUGGAUAAACCACCGAAAAUGUUAGCCACGGAGUUACGACAGGAACGAUACUAA